AUGGAGUCGUUCCUGAACGCGGGAGUCCGCGACGACCAGAUCGCGCGGGCCAACAAGGCCAUCUUCGGCAACGACGGCUUCCGGCGGAACCAGCGGGAUGCGAUCGAGGCCACGCUCAAGGGCCAGGACGUCUUCGUGCUCAUGCCCACGGGCGGCGGCAAGAGCCUCUGCUACCAGCUUCCGGCCGUGCUCUCGCCUGGUAUCACGAUUGUCGUCUCACCACUGCUGUCGCUCAUCCAAGACCAGGUCACGUCGCUCGUCCGGAACCAGCCCGUGGGCAUUCCCGCGGCCUUUCUCUCGAGCCAAACCUUGGCCAAGCUCAAGAAAGCCAUUUGGCGCGACUUGCACCGCCCGGUUCCGACGCUCAAGCUCUUGUACGUCACACCAGAGCGACUUGCCGCCUCGGACAGCUUGAUCCAAGUCCUCCAGAGCCUCCAUCAGCGGAAGAUGCUGGCGCGCUUCGUCGUGGACGAAGCCCACUGCGUGAGCUCGUGGGGCCACGACUUUCGCCCCGACUACCACAAGCUCGGAAACUUGAAGGACCUCUUCCCGACCGUGCCCAUGAUGGCGCUGACGGCCACGGCGCCGCAAAAGGUCAUUGAGAACGUCAAGAAGGUGCUCAAGAUCCCGCGCGCGACCAUCUUCUCCAUGAGCUUCAACCGCACGAACCUGGCAUUUGAAGUCAUCGAGAAGGACCCUGAAGAGGGCAAAGCGCUCGAAGCGCUCUUCAAGUACAUCAAGACCAAGUACGACAACUCGGUCGUCGGCAUCGUCUACUGCAUGACCAAGCAGCAGUCGGAAGACGUCGCCAACUACCUCUUUGACCGAGGGAUUUUGGCCGACUUUUACCACGCGGGCCAGUCGUCCAGCGACCGCGAGCUCGUCCAAGACGCGUGGCAGCGCGGCGAGAUCAAGGUUGUCUGUGCCACGAUCGCGUACGGCAUGGGCAUCGACAAGCCCGACGUGCGCUACGUGAUUCACUACGCGGUCGCCAAGUGCGUCGAGGGAUACUACCAAGAGGCAGGGCGCGCCGGUCGCGACGGCAACCCGUCCCGCUGCACCAUCUUCUACAGCCGACGCGACGUCGUCAAGAUGAAGAGCAUCAUCAACAUGCCCAAGAAGGGCAACAAUGCCAAGAGCCGCGCCGUGCACAUGGAGAAGCUCGAAAAGAUGAUGGACUAUUGCGAAGACCGGACGAGCUGUCGGCGACAGUACCUCGUGGGGUAUUUUGGGCAGACGUUCAAUCGCAAGGACUGCAACAAGACGUGCGACAACUGCAAGCGCGUCAUUGCCCAUUAACACGCCACGUUUACGCA